AUGGCAGAAGCUAUCCUAUUCAACAUUGCAGAAAGAAUUCUUGGGAGGCUUGGCUCUGCUGGCAUCGAAGAGAUUGGAUUGCUGUGGCGUGUAAAUGAUGAGCUUCAAGAACUUGAGAAGACUGUUUCAGCAAUCAAAGCUGUACUCCUUGAUGCCGAGAAGCAGAGGUUCCAUAACCAUCAAGUCAGAAAUUGGCUGGAGAGGCUUGAAGAAGUGGUUUAUGAAGCUGAUGAUUUGGUGGAUGACUUCUCCACUGAAGCUCUAAGAAGAAGACUGAUGCAUGGAAACAAGAUAUCCAAGCAGGUACGCACUUUCUUCUCGUCCUCGAACCAACUUGGUUUUAGGAGCAAAGUGGGUCACAAAAUAAAGCAAGUUAGGAAGAAACUAGCUGACAUUGCAGCUGACAGAAUUCAUUUGAAUUUGGAGGAGCGCUAUGAGGUUUCGAGCCAUGUUGUGGCCAGAAUGAGAGAUCAUACUCAUUCAUUUGUACACGACGAAGAAGUUAUUGGAAGAGGUGAUGAUAGAAUGGCAAUCCUACGACUUUUGGAUGCCAAAACUGAAGAGAAUGUGUCUGUCAUUCCCAUAGUUGGUGCUGGAGGGUUAGGAAAAACCACGGUUGCUCAGCUUGUUUUUAAUGAUAAGAAUGUGCAACAACAUUUUGAAGUGAGACUGUGGGUUUGUGUUUCUGACGUCUUUGACUUGAGAUUACUUGUUGAGAAAAUUACCAAGUUCGUAGUAGCAGAUAAGGUAAACCUUGAGAUGGAACAAUUGCAAAAACAUCUUCGAGAAAAAUUAAAUGGGAAGCGUUAUCUUCUUGUACUCGAUGAUGUUUGGAAUGAAAGCCGCGAGAAAUGGCUUGGCUUGAAGAACUUGUUGCCAAAUGAUGUUAAAGGGAGUAAAAUCAUUGUAACCACUCGAAGUGAAAUAGUUGCAAGGAUGGUCGGGACAAUGCAACCAUAUCACUUAAAAGUUCUAGAUGAAGAAAAUUCUUGGAAUCUGUUUAAGCAAAUGGCUUUUGAGAAAGAACAAGCGUCAAAGAUUGAUUCUAAUACUAUGGAAAUUGGGAGGCAAAUUGUAAAGAAGUGUGGAGGAAUUGGCAAUAAGAACAAUAGGAAGCAUGUUGUAUGGUAA